CCUGCAAAGCCAGCCACACCCCAUCCAUCUCCAUCCCCAGUCCCCCACACACCUCACCAGGGUAGCAGAGCUAGCAUAGUCUCCAUGGCGGCGGCCAAGAUCGCCAUCCUCCUGGUCGCGGCCGCGCUCUUGGCCGCGGCAGGGGCGGCGGACCCCCAACCCCCGCAGCUCUCAACGGAAGCCCAGUGCUGGCCGUGCUACUCCUCCUGCAUGCACACGUGCGACGACGGCCACGGUGGCACCCCCGCCCCCGAUGUCGUCAACUCUACCGAUGGCAGUGCAGUUGGUGUACGCUCCGCCGUCGGCACUCUCGCUGCCAUCCACAAAACCGAGGAUGGUUCAGGCGCCCCCAUUGCCGACGGCUACGACGAGAAAGGUGGCAACAAAGGUGACGGCGAGGAAUACUUCGAGUGCAAGAAGAAGUGCAUCGUCUGUUGCUACAAGGACCUGCCGCCGGUGUGCUACAAGAUGUGCGUCUCCCAGACCUGCCUCGCCCUGCCACCAUGUAAACGAGGGGAUUGCUACAAAGCAUGCGGGAUCAAAUGCUUCCACAACCAGCCGACGCCCACACCUCCUAAGCCCAUGCCACCGCCGCCAUCACCCCCGAAGCCCAUGCCACCGCGGCCGUCGCCCAUUCCACCGAAGCCAUCCCCGCCGAAAGCCGCUGCCAAAGCCACUGGCUACUAGCUGUAUCUGUGUCGAGCAACACUAGCAACAACUGAUGGGUGUACGCGACGAGGUCUAUGCACACAUACAUUCAAAUAGAAACUCGCCAUAUUUAUAGCACAACACAUAAAUACAGGGACUACAUGAAUAUAUGAUGGCGCCCUAUAUGAUUGCUACAUUUUUUUUCUUACGACAAAGGAUGAAUUUUAUUUACUCGCUCCAUCCAUAUAUAUAGGGCCUAAUAUGUUUUUCGAGAUUGCCUUUGACUA